GUCCCAUCGUUCGUUCGUUCGUUGGCAAUAAAACGAUUGUUUGGUCAGUAUGAAAACAACAUUCCCUCGGCGGACAACGGACGUUUUAUAUUCGGCUUUCGAAUUUUAGUUGUUGUUGUUAUUGAUUUGAAAGUUUUAAAAAUGACAUCGAAUAAAGACGAAAUGCAUCCUCCUUCGUGGAUGUCCAACGAAUUUUUCGAAAAUGUGUUGAGAAGUUCGGAAGGAUCUGAUCGUUUGGAAGUGACCAACACAAGAAUUGAGCCCGGAACGAAAGCCGGUGAUCACUAUUGUAGUGCUAUGUUCAGGGCACGUGUCCAUUUCAAGUGUCUUUCAGACGAUACGAAUAACGCCGUUAGGGAAAAGUCUCUAAUUAUUAAAACCAUACCGGAAUCGGAGGGGUUUAAACGUGAGUUUUUAACCAACUGCAAGAUGUUUCAAACGGAAGCUACCAUGUACAAGACUGUGUUGCCAGAAAUGCAUCGUCUUUUGAUGUCCUUAGGAGAUGACACGCAAAUAGCACCACGCCUACUUUACUCAGCUCGGGAACCGGAAGUGGUUAUGGUUUUUGAAGACAUCUGCACACUCGGUUACACCACAAAGUCUUCUCAACUUGGGCUUCCCGAGGCCAAACUUCUGUAUGACAAACUGGCGAAAUUCCAUGCGGUUUCCAUGCUCUUGGAAGAUUCUCUUCCAAUUUUAAAACAACUAAACACUGGCCUCGGCAACUUGCGGAUAGAAACCUUCGAAGCGAUUUGGAGGGACAACUUUUCAUCGUUGGGAAAAAUUUGCCAAACCUGGCCGGGCUACGAAAAGUUCGCCGACAAGCUGGAAACGAUCAAAGCUCCGAUCAUUGAUCGACUGGAGGAGAUUUACAGCUUCCAAGAGUCUUCGGUGUAUCACGUGCUGAAUCACGGAGACUUGUUCUACAAAAAUAUGAUGUUCAAGAUGGUCGACGAUGUGCCCCAGGAGAUGUUGUUGCUGGAUUAUCAAAUGAGCGUUUGGGGUUCUCCGGCGAUAGAUUUGAUCUAUUCACUGUAUGAUGCUUGUUCCGUUGACACUCGAGAUAACCACCGAGAUGAACUAAUAAGCUUCUAUCACGAGUGUUUGAUGGAAUCGUUGAAAAAAUUGGGGUACACCAGUAAAAUUCCUUCGUUAGAGGAAUUACAAGUUGAAAUCACCAAAAAUGGUCAUUUAGAACUGUUCCUGGUGGUCGCCUUUAUGCCGAUUAUGGUGCUUAAAGUUGAAGAACUGAUGCCGAACGUGGCGGAACAAGCCGCCGAAGGAUUCGAAGCGAACCCGGAAGACCUCGAUGGGAACGUUAUGAGCACGGCCAUGCAGCAUCCCAAGGUGGCUCCCGUUCUGAGGAGAUAUCUUCCGAAAUUUCUGGAGCGUGGUUUGCUCGAUUUAUACGUUGAGGCAUACGUGAACGAGUUGAUGAGCACCAGUCACAAGCUCAGAAACGUGGGAUUUGAUGUGAACGAUUCCUGGCUAGCGGCGAUUUUGCUGAUGGGCCUUCCCGAACAAUACGAGCCUAUGAUAAUGGGGCUCGAAGCUUCCGGAACGGCGUUGACAUCGGAUGCAGUAAAGGCCAAAAUCCUACAAGACGUGAAGCUGGAACGUGGUUCUGUCGGCAGCAGCACGGACGGUGCUCUGUACAGCAAAAUGAACCGGAAGAAAUCUAGCGAGUCAAAGGAUGGUGUCAAAAACGAAAAACUUUGCUACAAUUGCGAAAAGCCGGUACAUUUUGCCAUCAAGUGUCCACUCAAGAGGACGAAAGGAAGCAAGCCGAAGAGAUUCUGCAGCAUUUUUGCCAUCGGAGACGUCAAAGCGGACGAAUGGUAUCUGGAUUCCAGAGCCACCGUUCACAUGGCUCGCGCGGAUCAAUCAUUUGUUAAUGUGGUUACCAUGGAGCACGAUGUUGGGACAGCAAACAACGGUAACAUGAAAGCUGUCGCCAAGGGAACGGUGAUUUUCAUGGCCAAGAAGUUCGAGAUCUGGGACGAGAGCGGCGAGCUAGUCAUCACCGGAACUGAAGAAGGUGGUCUGUAUCAACGGCAAGAAGAUGAAGAUCCUGCGUACCGACAACGGGACGGAGUACGCAAACUGAGGCUUCCGAAAGAUUCUGGAGCGCGAGGGUAUCCGGCAUCAAACUACUUGUCCAUACACGCCGCAGCAAAACGGCGUCGCAGAGAGGAUGAACCGUACACUGGUGGAGAAAGCAUGCUGAACGAUGCGAAGCUUGGUAAGGAGUACUGGGCAGAGGCAGUUGCGACGGUCGCUUAUGUCGUCAACAGAUGUCCGACGAGGUGUUUGAACAACAAGACGCCGGAAGAGGCGUGGUCUGGCAAGAGAGCGAAUCUUCGUCACUUGAAAGUGUUUGGUUCAAGAGUGACGACCCACAUCCCGAAAGCGAAGCGCAAGAAGUUUGAUCCCAAGGCAAAGAACGGCAUUUUUGUUGGUUAUUGUGAAGAUACCAAAGGCUAUCGUGUGUAUGACCCCGAGCGCAACGAGUUCCAGAUCAGCCGAGAUGUUGUGAUUUUGGCUGAGGGCGGGGCGAACACACGCGCAGCUUACCGGAUAACGAUUCGAGGUCAAGGCAACUUCCGCCAUAACGCCGGAGGCAGGCAGAGGGCCAAACGACAUCAUCGAUCGUUGGUGAACUGGGCCAAGUUCACGAACAGCGAUCCCACGUGGUACCACGGCAGCGAUCCCCGGGGCAACGAAGUGUCCAGCAGCAACAGCAGCAGAGAUAAGCAAAUGGCUUUCAACAAAGAUGAGCUUAAUGCUCCCGCGUGGAUGGACGGACCGUUUUUCGAGACCGUUCUCAAACAGUCGAGCAAACAUGCAGAACAGCUUAGCGUAGAGAAGUUUCACAUUGUUCCUGGAUCUAAUUUUGGGGAUCAUUACGCCAGUGUGAUCUUCCGAGCCAUUGUGUCCUACAAAGUGCGAGAUCAGAGCCACGAAGUUUCACUAAUCAUCAAGACGAUCCCGGAACAGGAUGGUCCAAAACGAGAUCUGCUCAAAGAUGGUGCCUUUUUUCAGACGGAAACCUUCAUGUACGAGAAGGUUCUGUUCGAAAUGCAUCGGCUGUUGAAAUCUGUGGGCGAUGGAACGGAGCUCGGCGCAAGGCUUGUUUAUUCAGCGAAAGAACCCCGCCUGGUGAUGGUAUUCGAAGACGCCUGCCCUCGAGGGUUUAGGACAAGAGCUCAACAGCUCAACUUUGAGGAAUCACAAAUUUUAUAUGCAAAAUUGGCUCGAAUCCAUGCGCUCUCGAUGCACCUGAUAGAUGAGAUUCCUGCCAUCAAAAACUUGGUCAAAGGAGUGGGUAACAUGCCACCGGGAAAUUUUGCCAAAAUUUGGGUGAACAAUUUUGCGAUCCUGGCCGACGUUUGCGAGAAAUGGCCCGGUUACGAGCAAUAUCCGGAAAAGUUACGCGAAAUCAGACAUCACAUCAUGAAGAAAAUGAACCAAACUUACACGGCCAGUGAAUCCAGUUUGUACCAGGUGCUGAAUCAUGGCGAUUUGCAUUGCAAGAAUAUGAUGUUCAAAAUCGAGGAAGGUGAAACAAAAGAUAUUUUAUUGAUUGACUACCAAGUCAGCAUUUGGGGAACACCCGCGCUCGACAUUCUCUACUCGAUGUAUAACGCCGUUUCAUCGGAAGUCCGGGAUCAGCAUCGAGAUGAAUUGAUAAGCUUCUACUACGAAGAAUUCUCCUCCACCCUCAGGAAGGUUGGCUACCUCAAAAAGAUUCCAACACUUCUUGAUUUGCACAUCGAAAUUACUAAAUGUGGUCACCUGGAAACAUUCCUUUCGGUUGCCUUCCUGCCGCUGAUGACGGUAAUGGCUAUGGGGCCGCCCAAGGCCGAGAAGCAGGACGAGACACGCGAGUUCGAGAUCGCCAAUGUAGAUCAGAUGUACGAUUUGACCAAAAUGACAUUCGAACAUCCGAAGGUUGUGGGGAUGCUGAAAUCGUACCUUCCCACGUUGCUUCACAAGGGGCUGCUGGAUCUGUGACUUCCCUGGUUGAAUAGAUUUUGUUUUGUACAAAAUAAUUAGCCUUAAUGUUCAACUAGAUGAUUAAAAUAGCCUGUCAAAUUCAAUUACUGACUAAUUUAAA